GUGUUCGAUGUGACGAAAGGAUUUGCAUUUUACGAACCAGAAGGGCCGUACCAUAAAUUGGCUGGGCACGAUGCGACACGUGCAUUGGGAACGAUGGAUGUUGGUGACGUGAAAGAUACGCCGGAUGAUGUGAGUGAUAUGACUGAGACCGAAAAAGAUACAGUGAAAGAAUGGGUGCAGUCUUUUUCAUAUAAGUAUCCAGUUGUGGGCAAACUGUUAGUGAACGAUGAAGAGCCAACAGAUUAUAAAGGAGAAUUUGCAUCGCUGACUUCUUAG